GCCCCGACCCUGCGUUCCCUAUACCUUGUCAAAGGAUCGGAGCGACCCUUGGAGGUGCUCGCGGGCUCUCCCUCUGCAGCGCGGGGCGCUGCGGCCGGGAGGGGAGCGUGUGGGACCGGGUCGUGAGUCUCGGACGCCCCGGCGCUGGGGCGGGGCCGUGCUGCGAGGUGUCAAGUCCGCGCGCAGCACAUUUCGGGGAGAUCGCCCUGGGUGCAGGGAAGAGAGGAUGGGGAGACUGGGAAGGUCGCUGGAUAUGGGGGGCCCAUCUCGCCAUUGUCCAAGCUGGCGCGACUGGAGAAAACCAUGGGGGGCAAGGGGACGGAGGUGCCGACCUACGUGUUUUCCCCAGGUGCACGCCGGCUCCCUUCUGGGGCCGGCAGCCUCGGGUCUGUCAUGGCCCCCAGCCACCUGUCCGUGCGGGAGAUGCGGGAAGACGAGAAGACCCUGGUGCUGGAGAUGCUGAAGGCUGGCGUGAAGGACACUGAAAACCGCGUGGCCCUCCACGCGCUCACACGGCCCCCGGCCCUGCUGCUCCUGGCAGCGGCCAGCAGUGCCUUGCGAUUCGUCCUGGCCUCCUUCGCCCUGGCCCUCCUGCUGCCCGUGUUCCUGGCCGUGGCCGCUGUGAAGCUGGGCCUGCGAGCCCGGUGGGGCUCUCUGCCUCCCCCCAACAGCCUGGGGGGCCCCUGGGUGGCCGUGCGGGGCUCUGGUGACGUGUGUGGAGUCCUGGCCUUGGCUCCUGGCCCCACCCCAGGGGAUGGAGCCCGGGUCACGCGACUCUCCGUCUCUCGCUGGCACCGCCGCCAGGGCGUGGGCCGCAGGCUGCUGGCCUUCGCGGAGGACCGGGCCCGAGCCUGGGCGGGUGGCGUGGGGGGUCCCCGGGCCCGGCUUGUGGUCCCAGUGGCUGUGCUGCUUGGGGGGGCAGUAGGGCUGCUGGAGGGCUGCGGCUACCAGGCUGAGGGCGGCUGGGGCUGCAUGGGCUACACGCUGGUGAGGGAGUUCAGCAAGGACCUGUGACUGCAGACCCAGCUGGGGCAGGAGAGAAGGCAGCGCCCGAGAGAGCAGAGAGCGAGGGGCCAGUGAGCGAGCGCCCACCGAGUGCCCGCAUUGCACUGCUGCAGCCCGCCCAGGGUGCAGACACAGGCCUGGGCCCACUGGGCCCCCACACGCCUGCCCAUCCUGCUGCCGGCCGGCCUUCCGGUGCGCUGUGUGCAGCGUUUGAACUCAGGGCAAGGAAUCCUUCUCGGGGCCCAGGUCGCCCACCCAAGCCCCGCCUCGAGGCUGUCUGCAGGGAGUCCCCCGGUCCGUGUGACUGUGAAGCCUGUGCUGUGUCCCACGGGGAGACACUGGGGUGAGGGGAGGCCGAGUGAGCAGGGGCGAGACCUCCCACGGAGCCAGGCGGGGGCUGCAGGGCCCCAGCCCCGUCUGGAUUUUUACACCCACUUGUUAAUAAAGCCUGGAACUGCUG